AUGGCUAGUAGUACCGUUUCCGCGGCAAAAGUAAAAGCAAAUGCAACAGGUGGAGGGGAAGGAGAUCGUCCAGCGGGAAGUGGCCCGCAUGUGGUGAUCGUAGGCGCAGGGUUAGCGGGGAUCGCAGCUGCUAUCGCGCUCAAGACACAAUUGGGCUUUGAAAACUUUACGAUAUAUGAACGAGGCGAUUCUAUAGGCGGGACAUGGAGAGAUAACACAUACCCAGGCUGCGGCUCAGACGUGCCCGCGCACUGGUACUCCCUCUCAAGCGAGCUGAACCCGCACUGGGAGACAUUCUUCGCGACGCAGCCCGAGCUGCGCGCGUACUGGGAGCAUCUGUGGCAUAAACACGAUCUUGCGCGGCGCACGGUGUUGAAUGCGAAUGUGCGCGGGGCGGUGUGGAGGGAGGAGGCGCAGCGGUAUGUGGUUGAGGUGGAGGAUGUGUCGGGGUAUGCGUCGCAGGAUGGGGAUGGGGGUAAGGGUAAGGGUGGGGACGGGGAGAGGAGGAUUAAGAAGGUCGAGGCGCAGGUGGUGUUUUGGGCGAUUGGGGGGUUCCAGGCGCCGUUGUAUCCUAGUGAGAUUGGCGGGAGGGAGGCGUUUAAAGGCAACCUGUUUCAUUCUGCGCGUUGGAGGCAUGAUGUUGUGUUGCAUAAUAAAAGGGUCGGAGUCAUUGGGAAUGGGUGUUCUGCGUAA